UGUUUGAAGACAAAGGGCAAGUCCGCAAAACAAAAAAAAAAACAAAAGAAUGGACCCUUGCCCUUUCGUACGACUUACCGUUGGUAAUCUAGCUUUGAAAAUUCCGGUUGCGUCUAAACCGGCGCGGUCCGUUGUUCACCCUUCUUUGUCGCCGUGUUUUUGUAAGAUUAAGCUUAAGAAUUUCCCUUUACAAACCGUCGCUGUUCCCUACACUCCGUCGGAGAAUCAGUUCCCCGACAGUCCGCUGGAAACCCUUGCCGCUACUUUCCACCUCAGCAAGGCCGAUAUCGACAAACUCGCAGCGAAAUCGAUCUUUUCCGCCAAGGCUUGCCUCAAGAUCGCUAUCUACACUGGCCGGAGAGGCACUACUUGCAGGUUUAACUCUAGCCGUCUGCUAGGGAAAGUGUCGGUGCCGUUGGAUCUGUCGGGAACUGAAUCUAAGGCUUGCGUUUUACGCAAUGGCUGGAUUUCGGUUGGGAAAGAAGCUAAUAAAGGUUCGUCAGCUCAGUUUCACUUGAAUGUUAAAGCGGAACCCGACCCGAGAUUCGUUUUCCAGUUCGACGGGGAACCUGAAUGUAGUCCUCAAGUGUUUCAGAUCCGAGGAAAUAUCCAGCAACCCGUUUUCACUUGCAAGUUCAGUUUUAGAAACACCGGUGACCGAAAUCAAAGAUCCAGGUCGUUACAGUCAGAGACAAGUAGCUCUCGGAGUUGGUUAAGCUCGUUUGGAAGCGAAAGGGAAAGGCGAGGAAAGGAACGAAAAGGGUGGUCAAUAACGGUCCACGACUUAUCCGGCUCACCUGUUGCCGCCGCUUCAAUGGUCACUCCUUUCGUGGCUUCACCGGGUUCGGACCGAGUCAGUCGUUCUAAUCCCGGCUCAUGGCUUAUUCUCCGUCCGGGAGGUGGCACCUGGAAACCCUGGGGCCGUCUCGAGGCUUGGCGUGAACGUGGCUCUUCUGAUGGACUUGGUUACCGUUUUGAACUCAUUCCUGAUAUGAGUGCCGCGGCUAUUGUUCUAGCCGAGUCGAUACUGAGUUCCAGUAAGGGAGGAAAGUUUGUUAUUGACCUUGGGGGAAGCAGCGGCGGUUCAAACGGGCGGGCAACGACGGGAAGUGCGACCUCGCCGGCGUGUAGUCCAAGGAGUAGUGGGGAUUGCGGGUACGGAUUGUGGCCAUUUUGCGUGCAUAGAGGGUUUGUAAUGUCGGCUGGCGUGGAAGCGGAAGGCAAGUGUAGCAAGCCUUGCGUGGAGGUGAGUGUACAGCACGUGAAUUGUACGGAGGAUGCAGCUGCAUUCGUGGCUCUAGCUGCUGCCGUUGAUUUGAGUAUGGAUGCUUGCAGGCUUUUCUCUCAACGGUUAAGAAAAGAGCUCUGUAAUCACCAGGAUUCACUUGACUGAUUCCGAUUUUCCCACGUUUUUUCCGGUCCUUUUUACUGAUGUUUUUUUCCUGAGUGGAUGUGUUUUAGGUUCCAUCGCAGAAAAGCAAGAGGUUUUUUUAUUUUACUUUUUUACCACUAACAAACAAGAACAAUCCAAAACAAUAUGUACAGGAUUUACCCAUUUGGCUUGUGUAAUAUUUUUUUGUAACGCCAUCAAUUGUCAAUUUCCAGUUGGGAAUUUCUCUGAUUAUCUUUGCUUUAAGUACUGUUCUUCAGGCAUGUUAAAUAAGUAACGGUGUUAAUGAUUGCUUACUUGACUUUGAGAACAAAUCAAGGAUCGAACAACUGGAGGGUUGUUAGGAAACGGACAAGGGUUGGGGUGGAUGCACGUUAAGUCGUUACUACUUCAAGAAUUGUUUAAUGGAUUAUAGCUGUAAUCAGCUACCGGCCCCCGUUUUAAGAGCUUCCUUUGCAUAAAAUCACGGUUUUGUUACGACUUUUUUUUUUUUUUUGGUGUCCAUUAAUUAUUAAAUUCACCGGGUUAGCUGAGUUUCACAUUCAUAACGGACAGUUUUAGUUAACAAAGGAUUCGUAGCUAUUACACAAGCGUAUUU